UGUUAAAAGCCUAACAAAGAAAAGGGUUAUAUACCGGAGAGCGUCUCUUCCCCUUUCGGUCCCCUACACUACACAUCUCUGUUUUUUAACCUCUUCUCUUUUGAUCUUCGCGGUGUACAAAAAUGCAGGCUAGUGACAGGUUCAAUAUCAACUCCCAGCUUGAGCAUUUACAAGCUAAAUACGUUGGAACUGGACAUGCCGACUUGACUAGAUUUGAAUGGGCAGUAAACAUUCAGCGUGACAGCUAUGCCUCUUAUGUUGGACACUACCCAAUGUUGGCGUAUUUUGCCAUUGCAGAAAAUGAAUCAAUUGGAAGAGAACGCUACAAUUUUAUGCAGAAAAUGCUUUUGCCUUGUGGUCUUCCACCUGAAAGAGAAGAUGAUUAAGAAUGCAAUAAAUAGAGGCAAGCUGCAAGAUGUAACGACCAUAUACCAUAGCUUUUCUUGAUUACCAUCUUCCUUGCAUUCGUUUGUAUGUUUUGUCAAGCUUUACAUUGAUCUCAAUUUGGAAGUGUAAAUGGUCGGUUUGGUAGGCCAUUUGUGGAUGCUGUUCAACCCUUGGAAACAAAAAGCUUUUACAUUUGAUCUUUCUAUAUAUCCACAAUAUCUCUUUGAUGUAUCAAUUCCACUUCA